AUGGCUCCCAUGAUGAAACCCCUUCACCUCGCCGUCCUCGGACUCUCCAGCACGGUUUUGGGUGCGGUACAGCCAUAUGGCCAAUGUGGAGGCGUCACUCAUACUGGCGAGACCACUUGCGUCGAAGGCUGGUCGUGCAAGUCCUUCAACCCCUACUACUCUCAGUGUGUAGAAGGCGGAGGAAACGAUCCAGCACCACCUGUUCCCACAAGUGCAGUGCCAACCGGAGGCCCCAUUGGCACCGCACCACCCACCACCCUCUCCACCCGUCCCAUCCCCACAGGAAGCGUGGGCAUCCCAUCAGCAACCGUCAACGGCACGCUCCCAGCCAGCACCAAACUCGCCUCCGCCAACGCGGCCGUGGCCUGCUCUCUCCAAGAGAAAUUCGUCGCCGCGGGCAAAAAAUACAUCGGCGUAGCCGCCGACUCCAACACGCUCAACGACGCGACAAACGCCGACAUCAUCAAAGCAAACUUCAACCAAGUGACGCCGGAAAACAGCAUGAAAUGGGACGCCACCGAAUCGCAAAAGGGCGUCUUCACCUUCACGGGCUCCGACGCCCUGGUCAACUUCGCCACGUCCAACUCGCAGCUCGUCCGCGGCCACACCACCGUCUGGCACUCGCAGCUCCCGACCUGGGUCUCGUCCAUCACCGACAAGACCACCCUCGAGGACGUCAUGAAGAACCACAUCACAUCCGUGAUGAAGCAGUACGCCGGCAAAGUCUACGCCUGGGACGUGGUUAACGAAAUCCUGUCUGAAGACGGCGGCUUCCGCUCCUCCGUCUUCUACAACGUCCUCGGCGAGUCCUUUGUCGCGACUGCCUUUGAAACCGCCCGCGCCGCCGACCCGGCCGCAAAACUCUACAUCAACGACUACAACCUCGACUCAAACAACUACGCGAAGACAAAGGGCAUGGUGACCAAAGUCGCCGCGUGGGUCGCGGCGGGCGUCCCCAUCGACGGUGUGGGCUCGCAGUCGCAUCUCGGCGGGAACUGGCCCAUCAGCGAGUACCCGCAGGCGCUCAGCGACUUGUGCGGCGUCGCGAGCGAGUGUGCUAUUACCGAGUUGGAUAUCAAGGGUGCGUCUGCGGACGAUUACACGCUCGUUACCAAGGCUUGCUUGGACUUGGAGAAUUGCGUCGGUAUUACCGUGUGGGGGGUUAGCGACAAGUAUUCGUGGAGGCAAGGCGACGAUCCGUUGUUGUUUGAUGGAAACUUCCAGGCUAAGCCGGCUUAUGAUGCCAUCUGCGGUAUCUUGUAG